CCUGAAGUGGGUGGUUAGGGGAUAUGGGUUCACCUGGCGCUCUCAGGUGCUGGUUAUCCCAAUGGGCACCCGCAAUGGCCCAAGGCUUUCUCCUUCCCGGAAUGUCAAGGACCUUGUCUAGACCGCACUCAACAGCUGGGGCAUGCUCUGGGUGCAGAAGAGGUUGGUCCAUGCUGCUUCUAGCAGGCCACCUCUUGAAUUCCUACUUCUUCACCUUGACAGAAUGUGAUCAGAACUUUAGCAUCCUGGUCAUCGCAGAUCCAUGGUUCCCCUUAGUUGGCACAGAGGUCAGUCUCAUCCCGAACGACAGCAUGGAAAAUGUUCUCAUCUGCGCCUGGUACCGAUGGGAUAUAUCUGUUGAGAAUCAAAUCUUGGUCUACGAGCCGCCCCCGGUUUCCAAAGUGGAACAUAAGGACUCCUAUACUGGGCGGGAGAGCAUGACGGCAGAUUGCGCUCUCCACAUUGCGAAUGUAUCUCUCCCAGAUGGGGGUUAUUAUAUAAUCCAAAAGAACACCACUGUAGCCUCGGAAGCAGGACAGAUAUUCUUAAUGGUCGUAGAAGGUUUCCUGCAACCGAAAAGCCCCAAAGUUCUCUCCGAAGGAGCCAUUGCUGGGAUUUUUGUUCUGGGUGUUGUUAUAAUCACGGUCAUUGCAUCCCUGGUUUCGUAUAAGAUCUUAAGCAGUUCUGCAGGGUGAACCCCAUUGUCACAUUCCUGGUCCAAAAGAUUGACAGAAUUCAUGUCUGGCACAGGAUUCAGCCCACCUACAAAUUUCCUACCUCUUUCACCAGACAGAGAAGCCCCUUUAACGUGGAAAUCACAAUGGAAGUAUAAAGGAUAUCUUGCUAGUCCUUAAAAACCAAGUCUUACAGAUGUCCAGUACAGUAGGAGUGAGUGAAAAUGUAUCAUAUAUUUGAUCAAAAAAAUAAAACCCUUUCAU